AUGGACUUCUUCUACAGUACGGUGUUCUGCAUGAUCUACCUCUACGCGCUCGAUUACGACUGUACAGAUAUUUUAAAUGGGCCUCCUGCGAACCGAGUUUUGGAGGCUAUCAAGUACAUCAUGAGCGACUCCUUCUUGCGGGACUCUGGACUAAGUCACGCUCCUUUGUUAGUGGAAGACAUCAACGGCAUGAUCAUAUACCAAUGCAAUGUUUGCGACCCAGGCCGUGACAAAAGACAAUACGAGAACAUUCAGAAGUUCUCAAUUGCUCUCUGGAACAGCUCUUACAGCAGCACUCCAAGAUGCCUAACCACAUUGGAUUUUCUCGACCGUAGUUUGGAACUUUUCGACGAGCAAACGUUGGUGGGCACAGUUUGGCCCGUAAUUUAUUGGUUCUCUUUACCGCACAAUGAUUUUCGACGUGAAGGCCCAAAGGAAGUGCCCGGUGGCUCAUUUCAACAGUGCCUGGACAUUUUGGUCGCAAAUCUGGCUUUUCUGACGAACAGCCAAAAUGACCUGGAUCGUGAAAAGGUCGAGGCACUCACCAAUUGGCUUCCUUGGCUGGAGGAUUAG